AUGGUUUUGAAUUUUGCUCCAUCAGCAGUUGUUUCUGAGUGUAAAUCAGUUGAAAUGCACAAAGAAGUUUUAGAAGAGGCAAGACCAGGUGAUAAUAUUGGUUUUAAUGUUAAAAACGUAUCUGUCAAAGAAAUUAAAAGAGGAUAUGUAGCUUCAGAUACAAAGAAUGAACCAGCUAAAGGAUGUGCAAAAUUUACAGCACAAGUUAUUAUUUUGAAUCAUCCAGGUGAAAUUAAAAAUGGGUAUACGCCAGUCUUAGAUUGUCAUACAUCGCACAUCUCAUGUAAAUUCGUAAAUAUUGAUUCUAAAAUAGAUAAACGUUCAGGUAAAGUAGUUGAAGAAAACCCAAAAGCAAUUAAGUCUGGAGACUCAGCUUUAGUUAGUUUAGAACCAAAAAAACCUAUGGUUGUUGAAACAUUUACAGAAUAUCCACCAUUAGGUAGAUUUGCUAUUCGUGAUAUGAGACAAACUAUUGCCGUAGGUAUUAUUAAAUCAGUUGAAAAGAAAGAGCCAGGAGCUGUAUCUUCAAAUAAAUUUUUUUAUUAA